UGUGACCGCCGCCAUCUUUGUCAGUGGCAGUGAAGCCAGCGCGCAGGGUGAGGAAUGAGCAUAAGCCCCAGCGGGAACUCCGUCGAGUGUCAGUCCGUGUCUCAGUGCGUGUGAUCCGGGCAGCAGCCAUGGUUCAGACUUGCUCCGCGUACGGCUGUAAGAACCGCUACAACAAAGACAAAGACAUUUCCUUCCACAAGUUUCCUCUGGCCCGUCCAGAUAUUUGUGGUAAAUGGGUCUCAGCGAUGAGGAGAAACAACUUCAAGCCGACGAAGUAUAGCAACAUCUGCUCUGAGCACUUCACCAAAGACUGCUUCAAGAUGGAGUGCAACAACCGAGUGCUGAAGGACAACGCUGUGCCGUCACUCUUCACCUUUAACCUCAACAUAAAGACCUUGGAGGAUCCCUUCCCCUCAGAGAUCCACUUCCCCCUCUCUCUGCCUCUGACCUCUGACCCCGUGGCGGCUGUGCUGGAGGAGGAAGUAGAGGAGCCCGGGAGGAGCCUGUCUGACUUCUGGGGCAACACAAUGCCGGUUAACUUCGAUCACAACUACACGGCGGAGGAUCACAACUACACGGCGGAGGACUCGGCUCAUCAGAAGAAGCGCAUCGAGCGGCUGGAGGGGAAGGUGGGCAUCCUGAGGAAGAAGCUGAAGACGAUGCAGCAGAAGUGUCGGCGGCAGGACACGCAGCUGAAGAGGCUGAAGGCCGAGCGUAAGACGGCGAAGACGAAACGCGAGCCGCCGACAGCGUUUGGAGAGGAGUACGUGAUCUUACCCAAACACAUCUACCUCUCGCUGAAAGGCAUUGAGUAAGGAGGAGCGGAGAGAGAUCAGUGCGGUCGGUUUAAUCUGAAGCUGUCAGCAGCAGCCGGGCGGUCUGCUGACCGAGGCAGAGAACCCCGGGCUCAAAGCUGGACGACUCAGCGGAUCAGGAAGGUACAAAAGGAUGUGGACAAGAUACGACAGAUAAAACAAACUGCUUAUUAUCACCUUUUUGUUCUUUCUACCUUUCUUUCUCUUUGGGUUGCAGUGAAAUGACUUUGAGAUGAAUAUUUAGGAAUUUGGAUGAGCUCGGGUUCUGUUGAAAUAUUGUCUUUGUUUGUAAACAGGAAGUUAUUGUGAGCCCUGGAGGAGCUGUGCACAAGUUCAGGGUGGAGUUUGAGACGGUCCUCAACCAAAAGAAACAAUUAAAUCCAACGUCUGAAGCCCCUCGAAGACAAAACCAGGAAUCAAGAAUUUGAAAUACUUACCUUCUUUAGCUGCUUCUUUAAAGUUGAAUAUUUUAAUUUAUCAGGAGAUGAGAUCCAGAAGCAUUUCACAUUAUGUCGGUCUUAUCUCUGCGCUUUUUAGCUAACGCUUGAGCAAACGCAUGGCAGGCUCCAGACUUUACAAGCUGAUUCUCAAAAUGUCAGACCUGUUUGUGUUCAAAGUUAGAGGCGGCUGCAGAGAGGCGGCUGCUAGCUUGCUUGUAGCUGCUCAUUUUGUUUGUAUGACACUUAUCUGUGGGGCCAUGAGGGCUGUGCACUGAGCUGCCUUAUCUUUAGCUCACCAGCUGACUAAAACUCCUCGUCCAGUUUAAUGAAGGAGUCGAAAAUGUUGGUGAUGUCUCUGGAAACAGAAAGAUAGAAGCCGGCUUAAACCUUUCAAGCCUUUAAGCAUUCACCAGGUUAACCAUGUUCAGAUUUCAGCUCCGUUUUGGCAUUAUCUUCUCACAAACCCACUGCUGAAAGUUUCAACAAAGUUUCAGGAGCUCCUCCCCCUAAAAUGUCCAAAGUCUCUCACUCUCACAUCCCUCAGACGAGGCAGGUCAUGACAGUAAAGUCAGUCUUUGAAAGCCCCAGUGUGACAACAUGAUACUGGAUGAAGAAACAAAGAGCGGCACCAUGAUCACCAGCAUCAUGGAAGAAACCUCCAAUCAAACAAAAUCUCACCGUCUUCUUCUGCGUGACACAUUUUCCUCAGACACCUUGUCUGUUCUUUUUACAAAGUCCAAGGAGUUUUUAGCACACUGCGGUAAAGGCCAGGUAGCUGAAUCUUCUUCUGCUGCUUCCUCGAUGUCUUCUUUCUGUUUUAUGGGGUAAUUCAACCAGCGGAAAAACCCACAACAACUUGCAACUUGUAAGCAGACAUCUUCUCUGCUCUCGUCUUUUCAUCCUGACGUCGCUCUUUUGGGUUCGUACCAGUCACAUGUUCGAAGCACCAUCAUCCCCGCCACCCCCUCAGAAUGGCUCGCCUCUACUUCAUGUGGAUAUUUUACUCGGAUGCUUGCAGAGGAAAUUCUGUGUCGGGGUGAAAAUGUCCGUCUUCGUUUGCACACGCAGCUCACCUUACUCUCAGUUUAGUAACGGAGAGAAGCACAUGUUUGUUUUUUCUAAAAAGUGUUGAAAUGCACCUUUAAAGACCUUUUGUGUUGUUUGAAAGUUUACACAAAAUAAAAAAGAAUCUGACUCUAA